AUGAUGACAUCAAACAUCUUGUCCCGCUUCCUUCCCCCAAACAACUCGCCAUCCGUUUACGAGGCGAUCCGACAAAACGACGCCGAUUCAGAUUCUUCGGACGUGGAAGAGCGCGCGGGGCUCACUUUGGAGGAUGGGCACGGAGGGCAUUAUACCGAUCAUGAACUCCAGGAUGCCAUGGUCGACGCCGAUCAAAGCGAGCUUCCCAGCCCCGACGAUGCGUUCCUGGCGAGGGAGAGUCACCACAGAGUCCCUUCAGAGGGUCCCUCCAAAUCAACUUCCCGUCGACGCAAGAACAGCCGUCCACGGUGGAUGCAAGCCGCUUCGCCUGGUCAAGACUUUGAGUAUGGCGAUGAUGACGAUGUUCCCGCUUCUCUGCUCGUCGAAGGACAUCAUGACGAUGAGGAUCUGAAAUCGCGCCUGCCCCCGCCACCGCGUCCCCUUUCACCCCACGAAAUACAACCUUCUCUUCCUGGGCCCUCAUCGCAAGGUGAUCAAGCUCGCUGGAGAGCCGCUAGAGACCAACAACCGCUGCACAAUGCCAGCCGGAGGCGUCCUCCCGGGGUUAAGUGGUCGCUUGGACAACCCAAUCUGAAUACGGUCGAUCCGAAAGAGAAGGCGAUGUGGAUGUGGGCAAACGUUGACAAUCUGGAUAACUUUCUGAAGGAGGUCUACUCAUAUUUUCUUGGGAAUGGAAUCUGGUCGAUCCUGCUAACCCGGGUUCUGAGCCUCUUAACCUUCGCGUUUGUUGUGGGAUUCAGCACCUUUCUCACAAACUGCGUCAACUACCACAAAGUUCGCGGCAGCAAGACAUUAGACGACAUCCUGGUAGACAGGUGUACCACGAAAAUGUCUCUAUCAUCGACCUUUCUGCUUUGGUUACUCACAUUUUUCUGGAUUGGAAAGGCGUUUCAGUGUUUAUUGGGAAUCCGAAGGCUCAAACACAUGCAUGAUUUCUACCACUAUCUUCUUGGAGUCUCCGAUACCGAUAUCCAGACCAUUUCGUGGCAAGAGGUUGUUAGCCGGUUGAUGACACUCAGGGAUGCCAAUCCUGCAACGGCCGGUGCGGUCUCUGCGAGACACCGUAAAUUCAUGGGCAGUCAAUCCAAGCAGCGAAUGGAUGCCCACGAUAUUGCCAAUCGCUUGAUGCGCAAGGAGAAUUAUCUCAUUGCGCUGGUGAACAAGGACAUACUUGACCUGACGCUGCCCAUUCCUUUCCUUCGGAACCGGCCGUUAUUCUCGCAGACACUGGAGUGGAACCUCAAUCUCUGCAUUAUGGAUUAUGUUUUCAAUGAACAAGGCCAGGUUCGAACUCUGUUCCUGAAGGAUACCCAUCGAAAGGCGCUGAGCGAGGGCCUACGACGGCGAUUCAUUUUUGCCGGGUUUAUGAAUAUCUUCGUAGCCCCGUUUAUUGUGGUCUAUUUCAUGAUGCAUUAUUUCUUUCGCUACUUUAAUGAAUACAAGAAGAAUCCCUCCCAGAUCGGAUCGCGCCAGUACACCCCGCUGGCCGAAUGGAAGUUUCGCGAGUUCAACGAACUUUGGCAUCUAUUCGAACGACGCAUCAACAUGUCCUACCCGUUUGCGAGCCGCUACGUGGACCAAUUCCCCAAGGACAAGACUGUGCAGGUCGCGGGGUUUGUGGCGUUCGUCUCGGGGGCUUUGGCCUCAGUACUCGCUCUGGCAUCGGUUGUGGAUCCGGAGCUCUUUUUGGGGUUCGAAAUCACCCAUGAUCGGACUGUUCUGUUCUAUCUGGGCGUGUUCGGAUCCGUCUGGGCUGUCGCUCGGGGCAUGGUUCCGGAAGAGACCAAUGUCUUCGAUCCGGAGUAUGCCUUGCUUGAGGUGAUCAACUACACCCACUAUUUCCCGAGCCAGUGGAAAGGGCGGCUGCAUAGCGAUGAGGUGCGAAGGGAAUUUGCCGAGUUGUACCAGAUGAAAAUCGUGAUCUUCCUGGAGGAGAUCCUGAGCAUGAUCUUCACGCCGUUCAUCCUGUGGUUCAGUUUGCCCAGGUGCAGCGAUCGGCUGAUCGACUUCUUCCGGGAGUUCACUGUGCAUGUGGACGGCAUGGGGUAUCUCUGCUCGUUUGCGGUCUUCGAUUUCAAGAAGGGGACGAAUGUGAUCACUCAGGGGGAUCGACGAGAACCCGCCCGGCAGGAUCUCCGAGCGGACUACUUCGCUACCAAGGAUGGUAAGAUGCUGGCUUCCUACUACGGGUUCCUUGACAACUACGGCGCCAACCCCCGCGGCGCCCAUCCUUCGACCAAACGACAGUUCCACCCACCCCCGGCCUUCCCUACGCUGGGAUCGCCCUCGGCGAUGGACCUGGGCCACCUCGGCGACCGGGCCGACCCACCGCAGGCUCGCCCCUUCGCGGGUCAGCAAUCGACCUUUGGCCCUUCGCGCUUCGGUCCGACCGGGCUAGCCGAUCACGGAUCUCCUGCGCCGUCCAUGCUCCUGGAUCCGCAUCAUCAGCCGUCCGCUUCCGGGUUUCGAACCGCGCAUCGCACCGCCUUCUCCCGAUACCGAUCAUCGCGAGCGGCCCCUCCCAUCUCCGGGGCCAUUCUGGAUGACGACGAGUCGCCUAGCGCGCCGAACCGGAACGGUUCUGCGCGAUCGGCUGCCGGUGCUCCUGCUCCUCCUGGUGGAUCCAGCGGGGGCGGGGUCGGCGCCAGCGACAGCAACUUGGAAGAUUCGUGGCGGAUGAACCUCACGGGCGACACGGACGAUGAGGACGCAGGCGCGGGAGGGGAGAACGCCGAUGCCAUCGCGGGGGGAGCGGGGGUGUUGGGGUUGAUCCAGCAAUUCCAGCGGGUGAAUCAGGAUGGACGAGGGCGCACCGCGGUUGGAUUAUAG